AUGGGAGGUCGUCAAGCAUAUCAGGACGCUAGCAUUCUUAGCACGAGCUUUUAUCUCGGUGCGAUUAACACGCAGCUACUAUCGUGUCCAUGGCUAAUUGUGCGUGCUAUUGAUCUGAAAUACCGGCACAAACGCAUAGAGCAGUGCGAUUUUUUCAGUCUUAAGCCCGCUGGCGAAUUUGUGUCCAGCGUGGUACUUAACUGCACCCCUGGAGCUGUAAAGCGUGGUCAGAUGCUUCGAAUGUAUAGGGAACACUUAAUGGAUGGAGGCUUGCUCUUUUUAAUCGUCGCAAGCACGUGCAUUAAGACCAGGAUGACCACACCUGGAACACUUGAGACUACUUAUAUACUCAAAAAAUAUCUCCCGUUCGUUGGUUGUGUUGUUUUUGGACUCUGCCGGACGACCACGUUUUCAAGUCAUCACCAUUGGGUUGGAAAGCUGCAAUGGUUGUGA